GAUUGGCUGUCGCGAAGGGCUGGGUGAGUCCGGCUGUCUGGUCCUAGCACCGGCCCGUUUAAUGCCAGCCUUGUCUGCGAACAGCUGCUGCAGAGAUGGCGACAACGAGGGGAUCUUUAAAUCACGAACUUUCCAAACUGUUCAAUCAGCUGUGGGACGCCGACGACAACCGGAUGAAGCCCGGGAAAGAUUACCGGAUCUCGCUGCAGGGGAAGGCCGGCUACGUUCCGGCGGGCACCAACCGGGCGCGGGAUAGCGCCUCCUGCCCGCUCUUCGAGUUCGUUGAUGAAGAGAAGCUGAGAAGCAUAAAAACGUUUUCAGCCUUUAUGUCUCUGUUGGAUAAUUACGAGAUGUCGACGGGGGUUCAGGAAGUCGUCACCGCGGAGGAAAUUGCUGAAAAUAACCGUUUUUUGGAUGCGAUCCUGGAAACCCGAGUGAUGAAGCUUGCGCAUGAAUAUUUGAGUAAGAAGAACCUGUCCAAACCAAGCCUGCGCGACUUCAAGUCCCAGCUUUACUCCAUCUGGUUCCAGCUGUACAGCAGAGAACCCGGCAAAGGGCCGGACUCCUGCGGAUUCGAGCACGUGUUUGUGGGGGAGUCCAAGCGAGGACACGAGAUUAUGGGUCUUCAUAACUGGGUCCAGUUCUACCUGCAGGAGAAACUGAAUAACGUGGACUACAAGGGAUUCGUGGCGCGGCAGCACAAGAGCCGGCCGGACGAGGACGACCAGGUGUUGAACCUGCAGUUCAGCUGGAAGCACAUGGUGAAGCCGGUGGGCAGCAGCUUCGUCGGCGUCAGCCCCGAGUUCGAGUUCGCCGUUUACACCAUCGUCUUCCUCCUGUCCGGGGAGAAGAUCACCAAGGAGGUGGUCCGCGUGGAGGAGUACGAGCUGCAGGUCGUCGUCAACCGCCACGGCCGCUACAUCGGAACGGCCUACCCCGUCCUGCUGAGCAGCAACAACCCCGACCUGUACUAGAUCCAAAGCGGAGACGGGCUCGCUCACUUACUGGUUCACAAAUCCAUUUUACACUCCAUCACUCAAAGGGUUCGUUGAGUAGAGCAGUGA